CUAUUCAGACUGUCCAUAUCCGGUGUAAUAACGUAUAAUUAAGUAUCAAUGAUUUUAAUACACUCAGUAUAUAACUAUUAGAGCGUUCAAUUAUGAUUCGUGGCUUGAACGAGUCUCUACGCUUGAGCGGCCAUGGAUGAGGAGAGUCUAAACACGCCUUUAAUCCAUUUCAAUGGCGAUGAGAAAUUUGUUGGGGAUCUCCCAGCCAUUGAAGGAUGGAGAGGUCUGCUCCAAGCAAGCUUGGAAGAAUCAAAGAUGCUAUGGUACCUGGCAGGCCCUGCUAUUUUCUCUUCCCUCUGUCGAUACUCACUCGGAGUCAUCACGCAAGCCUUUGCUGGUCAUAUCGGUGAUCUUGAAUAAGCCGCUGUUUCCAUCGAAAACUCUGUAAUCGCUGGCUUCUCAAUGGGCAUAAUGAUAGGAAUGGCCAGUGCGCUGGAGACUCUGUGCGGGCAGGCUUUCGGAGCCAAACAAAUUGAGAUGCUCGGAGUUUAUCUGCAGCGCUCUUGGGUUAUAUUAAUCACAACUGCCCUGCUUAUGAGCUCGAUUUAUGUGUAGGCGGCACCGAUUCUGAUACUCAUCGGCCAAGAUGAUGAGAUUGCAGAACUGGCAGGGAAAUUUGCAGUGUGGAUGAUCCCCCAGUUAUUUGCUUACGCCUCUGUUUUUCCGCUGGCAAGGUUUUUGCAGGCGCAGAGUAAAGUUUUGGUGAUGGCGAUGAUUGCUGGCGGAGCACUGGCUGUGCAUGCUGUGUUCAGUUGGUUGGUUAUCUUUAAAUGGGGAUGUGGGCUGUGGGGAGCGGCAUUAAUGCUAAAUAUCUCGUGGUGGAUCAUCGCCUUCUCACAGCUGGCUUACUUACUUAGCGGCAUGUGCAAGGAGGCAUGGGGAGGUUUCACCUGGGCUGCUUUUCACAACCUGGGGGCAUUCAUCCGCCUUUCCUUGGCAUCCGGUGUAAUGUUGUGCUUGGAACUCUGGUAUCUCUACAUUCUAAUACUCUUGGCGGGCUAUCUUAAAAAUCCAAGCAUUUCAGUAGAUGCCAUUUCUAUAUGUAUGAAUCUAAUGGGAUGGGAGACGAUGAUUGCUUUGGGAUUAAAUAUUGCCAUCAGUGUAAGAGUUUCGAAUGAAUUGGGAGCUGGACAUGCAAGAGCUGCAAAAUUUGCUGUGAUUAAUGUGCUUGGAACAAUGUUUGCAAUAGGAGUCAUUCUGAUGGCUGUAAUUUUGAUCACUAGAAAUGAUUUUGCAGUGGCAUUUACUACUAGUAAAGAAGUGAUGAAAGCCGUAUCAAACCUUGCAACCUUGGUUGCUAUUACCAUGCUUUUAAAUAGCAUUCAACCUGUUCUAGGAGGUGUAGCAGUGGGGGCAGGCUGGCAAGUUCUAGUGGCAUAUAUUAACAUAGCAUGUUAUUACAUUUUUGGAGUUCCCCUUGGCUGUUUGUUGGGUUAUUAUUUUGAUUUUGGAGUGAAGGGAAUUUGGGCUGGUACGAUUUGUGGAACUACCUUGCAAACAAUUAUUCUAUGCAUUAUUACAUUUAGAACCAAUUGAAGAAAAGAAGUGA